AUGCUGGUACUCUGCGGACUCAUAAUUUUGAUGCUUAUCAUUGCCGACGGAAAUGCCAGACCUGGUCAAAAUAGAAUCGGUUUCUCUGCUGCAUGGCACUCAACUAAUGGCCCUUUCUUAAAUGAGUUUCAACUGGGGACAAGAACGAUAUCUGGCCCAGCUGGGCAGUUCCUAUUAACACUCAAUGUCCUCAGCGCUGCACUUUUCAGCUAUGUGGGGAUGGAAAUAGUAGCUGUAGCUGUUGGCGAGGCAAAAUAUCUGGACCAAGCGAAAAGCCCCGAAAGUAUUAAAGUCGGAACGAGAAAGAUCUAUAUUCGAGUGAUCGUUCUAUACCUUGCUAGCAUAACUGCUAUGUCGUUCCCAGUUUGGUCAACAAAUCCAAACCUUAAGCGGGAUCCUCGUCUACAUGAUGGCUUUGAGAAAAGCGAAAGCGCUACAUCUCCAUUCCUCAUUGCCAUCAUCGAAGCUGGAAUACCUAUCCUGCCGCAUAUUUUAAACGCAUUUUUCGUCUUUUCAGGAUUUGCAUCUGCGGUAAAUUCACUUUAUGUUUCCUCGAGAAUUCUUUAUUCGCUAGCAAAGCGAGAUAUGGUAUGGCCAAAAUCUUUUCAAAAGAGACUCAAGGUUACCUGUCGAAUGAAAUCCCUGCAGGGAAUUCCGUCGGCUGCUGUGGGAACUGGUUGGAUUGUAGCACUUGUUUCCAUCGUGGGAAUAUGGCAAGAGCCUUCUGAGGUCUUUAGGAAGUUUUCAACAAAUGCUGUUGUGUCAGCGCAAAUUGUCAACUGCUGCAUCUGCCUCUCUUACAUAAGAUACUAUCGCCAAAAACCAGGUGGCGCCAGACAAGCUACGAGCGAGCAAUAA